UGAACCGACAGAGAAAAAGCUCAUUUGUAUGUUUGUCUCUCCCAGACACAGCAACGCGACAUCUACCACAGUCACACUGCCCGGUCACCUGAGGAACCUGCAGCUUUAUAUUAUAAGAAAUGAACCAUAUGUCACAUACAGAAACUUGCACCAGUUUACUGAAGAAGAGGUCUCUCUGCGGAGUCCUUGCUGGGUUAACUGUAUACUUUCUUGUCUACUAUUCACUACGAUCCAAUAAAAUGCAGUCACCCAGUGACAUCCUAACGGGGAAAAAUACAGAAAUGAAGUCAAAGCCAGAAGCACCACAUAGCUCCACUUAUAACACAGGUGGAAGCAGUGAAAGUGAGUCUCUUUCUAGGAAGGUUAGAAUACUUUGUUGGAUCAUGACUGGACCUACAAAUUUAUAUAAAAAAACCAUUCAUGUAAAAAAUUCUUGGGCCCGUCACUGCAAUAUUGUUCUUUACAUGAGUUCUACAACUGAUGAGACAUUUCCAACAAUUGGUUUGGACGUCAGAGAAGGACGGGAUCAGCUUUACUGGAAGACCAUUCGAGCUUUUCAAUAUAUAUAUAAGAACUAUCUGGACAAAGCUGAUUGGUUUCUUAAGGCAGAUGAUGACACCUACGUUGUGGUGGAAAAUUUGCGUUGGAUGCUUUCAAAUUAUACUUCUGACCAGCCUCUCUAUUUUGGAAGGCGUUUCAAGCCAUUUGCCAAGCAGGGCUUCAUGAGCGGUGGAGCUGGAUAUGUACUUAGUAGAGAAGCUGUUCAACGUUUUGUGGAUGCUUUCCGCACCGGUAACUGUAAUCACACGACCCACUUGGAGGAUGUUGGCCUGGGUCAGUGCAUGGAGAAAAUAGGAGUUAUAGCUGGAGACACGAGGGAUACCCAGGCAAGAGAGACCUUCCACCCACUUCCACCUGAAAGUCAUCUGACAACACAUUUUGAUCCAGAUUUUUGGUAUCCAAAGUAUUGUUUCUACCCUCUUGUUGAGGGUCCUCAGUGCUGCUCGGACCUGGCCAUAUCCUUUCAUUACAUUGAUCCAGAAUUAAUGCACUCUCUAGAGUACUUUGUGUACCACCUAAGGGCGUAUGGAUACAAGUAUCGUUAUCAGCCACCAUUACCAAGGCUGCAGGACGAUGAGGAAAAGCCGGAAGUAGUAUAGAUCCUCCCAACAUCGAACAUGACUAUAUGACAAUGCAAAUAAAAGUUCAUAAAAGCUGUAUCAUCUGCCUCUAAAAUGGCGGUGCCAGAUACAGGUGACACAAUAGACCUCGUUUUAGUAGACAUGUGUGACGUAAAAUCUAAUAUUUUUGUAAGUAAAAUUGAAGCAUUUAGUUAAUUUAUUUUGUACUUAAUAGGACAUUCUCCUAUUUCUGAAAAGCUAAGGGCUCUUGCACAUGACCAUAUGUAUUUGCGGUCCGCAAAAAACGGAUCCACAAAAAAUACGGAUUACAUCCGGGUGCAUUGCGUAUUUUGCGGAACGGAACAGCUGG